UGUGCUGGUCAAGGGCAGUCAGGUCUGGAGUGAACCUGGAUGAUGAGUUAAGUGUGAGUAGUAGGCCUAGGCCAAUACAAAUAUGUGCUUCACUCAAGGUUGGCUUCUUAUUAGCAUUCAUUGCCAUGGUUAAACUGCACCGCAGAAUUGGAAUGUUAAAAAAAAGAUGGUGGCAGCUGCAUUGAAAUACUUGGGUGUGUGAGGUUUUACUACAGAAGAGUUACAACACCGUUGGCCUGGUGUAGGAUCAGUUAGGGUCAAAUUAGUGGAAUUGGGUGUUGGUAUAUAGGUGUAGGGUUAGUUGGUGGUGCAAUGUUUUCCUUUAUUUUUGUUUAACAAAAUGUUACGUGAUCGACCACACACUAGGUGGCGGCAUGCACAAACAAAAUGUGUGAACGCCAUGACACCAAAGAAUAAGAAGUAAACGGACGUGAACAGUGAGUUUCCACGUUAGUGUUUUUAUAGUCGUUAUUUAGACGUUUAUUAACACACUGGAAAUCAAAGUAUGACGAAUUUAACUGCACAGAAUCACAUACUUAAUUCGCGUUGGAGACAGGACUUGAUAUUAUAUAGAUAACGAUAGCUAGCUGUUAACAAUGACUAACUGUAACGUUAUGGUUUUUCACACUCAAAUAGCCUCCAUCAUGGAGGUGUUAGCUAGUGCAGCCGUGGCAGAUGUAUGUAAACUUGUAGACGACGACUAUGCAGUGUUUCGUUUGGAAAUAACUCAAAGCCAGAAAGAAAACAGGGCAUUGCGGAGGAAACUACAGCUACUAGAAUUGAAGGUGGCACGGGAGCGUGCAGAGAGGACAAUGCAACAGCGCGUCGUCACCAGUCGUCCCAGAAUUGUCAAGAUUCCGGACCGUUACAAAGAAAUGGCAAGAGGUGAAGGACAUCUCACUGGAGGCCACAGGAGCUUUGUGAAGCCAGUGGGAGACAAUACAUGGACAGAUGACCAACCAAUCACUGUUGAUGAGGGGAGUGGAACCUCAACCCAGCAUGUUAUUGUGAUAGAGUCUGCAGAUGCCAAGGCUGCAGGUCCUGGGGUGAGAGGAGUGGACCCACAGCACAGCAGAGACAUCCAGACUGGUGCGGCUGUAGCAAUGGAGGACCCCGCCACCACCCCAGCGCAGCCCAGCUCCAGACACAGCAUCACGGAGGUCAGUGGAACGCGGAAUGCCAUCCUUAGGUCAGAGUCAGAGACUUUAACUGUGACACAAAGGCUUUUACACACAGGAUCUGACGACAGGUCAGACACAGAGAGACUGGGCAGACUGGGCUGUCCUCCUGCUCCCGGCUCAGAGUAUUUACUUUACGGUAACCGAAGCCUGGUUAAUUCCCAUCGGAACUCCGGUGAUGCGUUAGAAACUGGCAAUGAUCAAUCUUGUUCUUACGCUAUAGAGAUGGACCCUGGCAACAUAUCCUUAGAUUUAGAGACACAUACUGAUCCGUCUAGAGAGGACUGGAACCGGUACAGUAGUAGUGUAUACUCUGAAGGGUGCAUAGAUAAGAAAGGGGAAGAUCUGGUUGCAGAUGAAUUGACUGUGAAAGUGGAGGGCGACGUUCCUCCCACAUGGAAUGCAGCUUGUGCAGGACUCUCACAGGGCAGAGAUUUCUUAGAUUACAGUUUAGAGACAAAUCUAAAUGUUGUGACCCACUCCCCUUUACACGUGCUCAGGGAUCGCGACCCAGUGUCCACGUCGAUUGCGCCUUGCGAUUUACAAGGCCGUGUCCUUUUCGAUCAGGUAUUGAACUCAAACGACAGGGCUAGAGCCCAGACUCAGGGAGGAGGAGCCACAUUAGGCAAUAGUAAAGAGAAACGGUUCCUCUGCAUGUUCUGUAGCAAAGGCUUCAGCUGCACCCAGAAGGUAGAGAUCCACCAGAGGAUCCACACAGGGGUGAAACCCUUCAGCUGUACCCAGUGUCACAUGCGCUUUGCCCAGGCUGGCCACCUGAAGAGGCACCAGAGGGUCCACACAGGGGUGAAACCCUUCAGCUGUACCCAGUGUCAAAUGCGCUUCGCUCAGGCUGGUGACCUGAAGAGGCACCAGAGAGUCCACUCAGGGGAGAAACCCUUCAGCUGCCAGAUGUGUGAGAAGAGGUUCUCCCGCCAGCACCAGCUGAAGAUGCACCUGAAGGUCCACACAGGAGAGAGGGCAUUCUCCUGAAGGCAUAUAGAGAUUUGUGUUUAAUAUUUGAAUGUUAUAUUGCAUCCAAACAUUGUGUAAUAAGGCAUACAUAUAUAUGCGUGGAGUCAUGUAGUAACCCAAAAAGUGUUAAACAAAUCAAAAUAUAUUUUAUAUUUGAGAUUCUUCAAAGUAGCCACCCUUUGCCUUGAUGACAGCUUUGCACACUCUUGGCAUUCUCUCAACCAGCUUCACCUGGAAUGCUUUUCCAACCGUCUUGAAGGAUUUCCCACAUGUGCUGAGCACUUGUUGGCUGCUUUUCCUUCACUCUGCAGUCCAACUCAUCCCAAACAAUCUUAACUGGGUUGAGGUCGGGUGAUUGUGGAGACCAGGUUAUCUGAUGAAGCACUCCAUCACUCUCCUUCUUCGUCAAAUAGCCCUUACACAGCCUGGAAGUGUGUUGGGUCAUUCUCCUGAUGAAAAACAAAUUAUAGUUCACACCAGAUGGGAUGGUGUAUCGCUGCAGAAUGCUGUGGUAGCCAUGCUGGUUAAGUGUGCCUUGAAUUCAAAAUAAAUCAGAUAGUGUCACCAGCAAAGCACCAUCACACCACCACCUCCAUGCUUCACGGUGGGAACUACACAUGCGGAGAUCAUCCAUUCGACUCACAAAGACACGGCAGUUAAAACAAAGUAUCAAUUUUUCUUGGUCUUUUACCAAAUAGGGCUAUCUUCUGUAUACCACCCCUACCUGGUCACAACACAACUGAUUGGCACAAAUGCAUUAAGAAGGAAAGAAAUUUCACAAAUGAACUUUUAACAAGCACAUCUGUUAAUUGAAAUGCAUUCCAUGUGAUAUCAUGAAGCUGGUUGAGAGAAUGCAAAGCUGUCGAAGGCAAAGGAUGGCUACUUUGAAGAAUCUCAAAUACAUUUGGAUUUGUUUAACACUUUUUUUGGUUACUACAUGAUUCCAUAUGUGUUACUUCAUAGUUCAUGUCUUCACUAUUAUUCUACAAUGUAGAAAAUAGUAAAAAUAAAGAAACCCUGGAAUGAGUAGGUGUCCAAACUUUUGACUGGUACUGUAUGUAUGUAUGUAUAUUAUUAGUAUUUACUUAUAUUUGUUGUGUUAUAACAGGGCGCAUUUGAAAAAGAGACCUAGGUCUCUGUCCUUCCUGUAAAAAUAAAAGGUUAAAUUAAAAAAAAUAAGACAACGUAUAGAAAA